CUUAGGUAGAGACGCAUCUCCCUCAUGCGUCUCUUAUUUUUUUUUAAAUUUUCACGGACGACGCAUGAGCGUCAUGCGUUUAGGGAGAGACGCAUGAUGCUCAUGUGUCUCUAAUUCGAAUUAAAUCAGUCGACCGAGAGGAAGAAGGCUCAUUCAAACGCAGAAGAAAGAGUCUAAGGCGAAUUUGGCGAUUUUUCCUUAGCAAAUCCGGCGAAUCCGACGAUUUCCCCUUGUGUUCCGAUUAGAUGGAGACUUCAAGUUCUAGCGGACAAUUAUUAUAUGGACCCGAAGACCCGUGCUAAAUAUGCAGAAACAUCAUAUUUCAAAUAAACUCAUGAAAGAGGGCACAACACAAGUAUUUAAAGUCCGAAGGAUAGAAAGUAAGACUUGGGACAUCGACAUUCAUGAGAAUGUUAGAUACUGGCUUGACGCCUUUGGUUUCAAAGGCGUGAUGGAUUGUGGGAGGCCCAUGAAGGUCGACAAUGAGCUGAUCACGACUUUGAUUGAGCGUUGGAGGCCGGAGACGCACACUUUCCAUCUACCGAUCGGUGAGGCGACGAUCAUCUUGGAAGAUGUGCAAGCCAUUUGGGGCUUGAGGGCGGAUGGUCACUUUUUCACAGGGCGUGACUAUCAUGUCAACUUUCCAAAUUGGACCAGCAAGUGCCCUGAUCUGUUGGGAUGGAUAUCAGAUACUUCCACAGAGACAAAGCAAGGCGGUUUGCUGAUGACCGCGCUGAUCAACCAGACCAGGAUGCCUCUGGGUGAUGACCUACCUACGUACGUAUACAUCCAAAGGGCAUGUAUCCAUGCCCUAAUUUUAUCAGGAGGUCUCAUUCUACCAGACACCACGGGGUGUAAGGUUCUAUUUAUGUGGUUGAAUGCGCUUGGGGAUCCGGAAGAGGUGAAGACUAUUAGUUGGGGAAGUGCGGCAUUGGCCUACAUUUAUCAUUAUCUGUGCGAGGCUUCCAUGGAUAAGAGGAAAGAGUUGGGCGGGCCUAUGAUCCUUUUGCGCCUAUGGGCGUGGGAAAGAAUGCCCACAUUGAUGCCUUCGUUCAAAGGAUCAGUUGUGCACGAGCCAUAUACACCAUGUGGCACCAGGUGGAAAGGAACAACGCAGAUAGGAAAUCACACUAGGUGGCCUGGCUCAACAACUCGUUAUGCCUCCACUCAACGAUUGUGCCUGGAUUCCUAUACUGCAGUUCAAGCAUGUAGCUUGGCAAAUCCCUAAAUGACUCCUCACAUCCACCAAAUACAAUCUCUAAAGCCCUUCUCCGUGCAUACCAUGCCUUCUUAUAACUGAUUACCACAUGAAAUUUUUCAUGAACAAAAUUUCUUACGUUUGCGGCACUGAACUCGGCAUUUUUUAGCAACUGAUGGCGAAUACACAAAGCAUUCAUUGGUGAUGAAAAGUUAGCAUGUCCUCUAUCAUUACGAUGGCCUUCACAACUAUGGCGUCCGCACCACUUCCUAAUCUCCCACAUAUCAUCAUGGG